CACAGCGAGGCCAAGCGGCGGCGGCGAGCUGGGGUGUGUGCCGUGGAUGUGGGCUACAUUGUUGCAAGACCCGGGAAAGGCAGAGGCGGAGCGGGGGAUCCUCUCCUCUCGGAUGCCCAGGAGCCGUCCGGGACCGGCCCCCAGCCCCGCGGACCAGGGUCCCGGGACCCCGGCGUCGCCCGCCCCCAGCGCGCCCUCGCCCCAGCGGGUCCCGGUGGACCGAACCAGAGCCAUGGACGUCUCCCCCUCGCGGAGCCCGCGGGAGGUCUGAGCGCUCCCAGACCCCGCCGGGCCCGGGCUGCGCGCUCGGAGACCCCCCAGAGACCCCCCAGAGACACCCCCCCCACACCUCCCGUCCGGGGCAGGGGGUGCGGGGUCCCCAAGGAACAGCCCCCCCCCUCCCCGACCCAGAGGAGACCGCUUGGAAGAGCCGGGGGGGGAGGGGGGGGGGAAGGACCGGCUGCACCGAGCCUGGACCCCGGGGUCGCCCCCGAGCCCCCCACCCCCCAAUUCCCCGCCCCCAGCCCCGUUGAUUUCGCUUGAACUUGACCUGGAUAUAGAGAGGCUCCGAACCGCACCAGUUGGCUCCUUGUGGGGUUUCUGCCCCUUUGGGAGGUGGGGAGAGGGGAGGGGGAGAGGUCCCCCGGCGCCCCCUCCUCCCGGACCUACGGACCCCCAAUGGCUCGGACGGCGCUGCCCGGACCUUCCGGAUGCUCGUGGUGGUGGUGGCUGGCGCUGAGCCUGGCAGCUGCCCUCCUGCCGGGGCUGCCCGCCCAGCUGGUCCAGGUGAACGACACGGUCUCCGGCUUCGUCGGCUCGGACGUGGUGCUGCACUGCAAUUUCGCCAACCCACUGCCCAAUGUGAAGAUCACCCAGGUGACCUGGCAGAAGGCCACCAAUGGCACCAAGCAGAACGUGGCCAUCUACAACCCAGCUAUGGGCGUGUCGGUGCUGUCGCCAUACAAGGAGCGUGUGGUCUUCCUCCGCCCCUCCUUCACUGAUGGCACCAUCCGCCUCUCCCGCCUUGAGCUCCGGGAUGAAGGCGUCUACAUCUGCGAGUUCGCCACGUUCCCAACGGGCAACCGGGAGAGCCAGCUCAACCUCACCAUUCUGGCCAAACCGACCAAUCACAUGGAGGGGACACGGAAGGCGCUAGUGGCCAAGGCCAGCACAACGGACAAGAUCCUAGUGGCCACCUGCACCUCGGCCAAUGGGAAGCCACCCAGCACGGUGUCCUGGGACACCCGGCUCCGAGGCGAGGCCGAGUUCCAGGAGGUGCGACACAGCAAUGGCACCGUGACCGUGGUCAGCCGCUAUCGCCUGGUGCCCAGCCGCGAGGCCCACCAGCAGCCCCUCACCUGCGUCGUCAACUACCAGCUCGACCGCUUCACCGACAGCCUCACCCUCAAUGUGCAGUACGAGCCUGAGGUGACCAUCGAGGGCUUUGAUGGAAACUGGUACCUGAAACGCAUGGAUGUGAAACUGAUCUGCAAGUCGGAUGCCAACCCCCAAGCCACCAAGUACCAAUGGCGACUACUGAAUGGCUCACUGCCCGAGAACGCGGAGGUCCAGAACAGCACCCUGUUCUUCAAGGGACCUGUCACCUACAGCCUGGCGGGCACUUACGUGUGCGAGGCCACCAACAUCAUCGGCACACGCUCGGGCCAGGUGGAGGUCAACGUGACAGAGUUCCCCUACACCCCGUCUCCAACCGAACAUGGGAAGCGAGCGGUGCCCGGGUUCCCGACGGCCAUCGUAGGGGGCGCGGUGGGGGGCGUCCUGCUGGUCCUGGCCGUGGCGGGCGUCCUCUUCGCCGUCUUCCGCCGCCGCCGUCACACCUUCAAGGGCGACUACAGCACCAAGAAGCACGUGUACGGAAACGGCUACAGCAAGGCGGGCAUCGCGCAGCACCACCCGCCCGCUGCCCAGAACCUGCAGUAUCCCGAAGACUCGGAUGACGACAAGAAGCCCGGCCAGCUGGGUGGCAGCAGCUAUGAGGAGGAAGAAGAGGAGGAGGAGGAGGUGGGGGGAGGCAGUGGGGGGAAGGGCGGCGCUGGCGGGGGGCUGCACCCCAAACUCGACGACGACGCCAAGAGGCCCUACUUCACCGUGGACGAGGCGGACGGACGCCCGGACGGCUACGGGAACCGGACUCUUGGCUACCAGUACGACCCGGAGCAGCUGGACAUGGCCGAGAACAUGGUGUCUCAGAAUGACGGGUCUUUUAUUUCCAAAAAAGAGUGGUACGUGUAGCCCCCCACCACCAGCCCACCCCCGCCUCCUAGGGCGGGCCGUCUCCUUCUCCCGCACGCACUCCCCCACCCCCUGACCCCCCCACCCCUGACCUCACUCCACCAGAGACCCUCUGGGACCCUCUCGGGGGCGGGGAGAGAGGAGGGAGAGAGAUGAGCCAGGCGCCUUGCUUUCUUUUUGACCUCCUUUCCCCGGUGACUCUGUUACUCCCCCUCCUCCCCCACCGUGAUGUUGUGUUCAAUUGUGACUUUGGUGUUCACUUUGCUUUUUGACUACUGCCCACCCCUUGUAUCCCGGAGCCCAUCCGUGUCUUUCUGUGCCCUUCUCCCCGGGAGCGGGGGGAGCGGCCCAGCCCCCUCUCCACACCCCAAAGGCCCCGAACACUGGAAUUUGUUUGUUUGUUGUCUAAUUUCCGCGGGGGUGAGUUUCCCUCCCUCUUCCUCCCCUCCACGAAGCAGCCAGGGGGUCACCACAGUUCUGGGGGAGGGGGCGAAGUCAGAGGGGCAAGAGAGGAGAAACAGGAAUGGGAAAACUGGGAGGUUUAGUAGGGGUCCGAUAGAAAGAAGAGACAGUCGCCCCGGGGUUAAGUGGUUUACUCCGGCUCCCUUUCUUUGCCUCAGUUUCCCCGGGGGUUGGGGAGGAGCCUAGCAGGAGACUGAGACAUAUAGACAGACAUAUGCCUGCACUGGAGCCCCAGAUCCCUACCCUGCCUGGCCCAAGAGGUGACCCUGGGUCUGCCCCAGAUCCUCCCCCACCCCAAGGUCUAGUAGACCCGGGGGGUAGAGGACUAGAUGCUCCCACCCCUCCUUUUGGGGCCCAGCGCCUCGAGCACUGAAGCUGCUUGACCUUAUCUUCAAAGCCCCCUCUCCCCACUACCUCCUAGCCCACUGUUUCUGUGGUUGGGGAUUGGGAGGGGAGGGAGAUGGAGACCUGGGAGAGUAGCCCAGGGACCAGCCAGGGUACAUGGCGGGGGGGUGCUUGCCCAGCGCCCCGCAUCCCUACCCCUCAAAGGGAUCCCAAGGCGGGAUCCAAUCUCUCUAAGGGCGAGGGAGGAGGAGACGGCCAGGACUGCUGGAAGCCCGGGGAGAUGGAGGAGAAGGGGCAGUUCCUCCCCGGAGGAGGAAGGAGAACAACUAACCCUGCCCCUGACCCCUGACACAUGACUCUUGGAGAUAGCCACAGUUGGGGCAGGUUGGCCUUGGCCGAGCACCUUCAAGUCCCAGGCCAAGGCUGAGGCAUGUGAUGUGUAGCUGGUGGGAUCCUCUGGUCCCCAGGGUGGAUUCGGGUGAACCAGUCCACCCAUUGGUCAAGGUAGAGGGUCUCCUGCCCCCUCCUCUGCCAAAGGGACUCACCUCCCCCUUCCCACACCUGGCUGUUUCCGUAACAGGGGUAGGGUAGGAACAGGUGCGAUCCGUCGGGGCAACCCGCCUCUCCCUGGCUGCCGCUCUGGAUCUCUUUCUAGGGUGGGUGGGGGGUGGGAUGGCUGGGAGGCACAGGACACCGGGCUUCCUCCGGUGAAAGCACGGGCUCCUGCCCCUGCUUCCCCAGACACCCGCUCCCAAAUGCUGCUACUUUCCAAGAAAAAGCCCCAAUCCCCAAAGUUCCUUUCGUCCCCCCAACGAUCUCUCAUCAAUGAGAGGCUGGAGUCAGUGCCCGGGCCGUGACGGAUCCACGCCCUCCCUUUGCUCGUCCCCUCCCCCCACUCUCCGUGGCCCAGUAGCCAUGUAGCAGACACCUGAAGCCACGCUGGCCCGGGGCUGGCUCCCCCCGGGAAAAGGCCCAUGACCGUGGGGGAUAGAGUUGGAGGGCCGGACGGGUGGAGAGAGGGGAGAAGUGAAGCCCAGGUUGGACGAGAAGGCCGCCGUCCCACCCCACCGCCCAGUGGGAUUGACGGUUCCCCGCUCUCCCAGCCUCAAAGCCUCGGCGGAGGCUCCUUGGCCCCCAGGGAGAUGGCUGGUCCCCCCCACAAAUUAUCGAGUCGACUCUGAAAUCACCCCCGCCACCCCCAUGAACUCUGCCAAAGCCUGGCGGCCCCCUCCCAAUCCCCCCGCCCCCCACUCUCCCCCGGAGCCAAGCACACACAGCAGAGCACAAGUCCCGUCCCAGGCUCUGACCCCUCUCCCCCACCCACCCCAACCCGACAUCUGUGUCUCGCCCUCGCCCUCCCCCAGGCUGGAGAAUCCCGGGUGACCCAGUGGAGCUUCCCAGGCAGCAGAGAAAGCAGGCGGGGGGCAGUGACAGACGGGACAUGGCAGUUAGAAAAGCGACAGCCCCUUUGGUCUUGGGCAGGGGUCGCCAUCCUUUCCAGGCCUCGGAACCAGGGAGGAGGAGGCCGCCUACCAGCUGGGGCCGAUACAAGUUUGGGGGGAGAUGGGCAUCCCAGGCAGCCACACCCCUCGCCAUCCCAACCCGCCUGCCGCAUAUAGGGAAGCCCCCAGCCCCCAACCAUCACUGCUGCUGCUGCUGCCGCCGUUCCUGCUGCAAAUUAAAUCGAUUCGGGAGCCGUUUGCCUCGCAGACGGCCCAGCUGUUUCCCUGCCAGAAUCCUCCCCACCCUGCCACUCUCCCAGCUUAUUUUCCUUAAUUACAGAUUUUGAUAUCAUGUUUAUUCCGCCCUAAAAGCAUCUGAUCUCCCUUUUGUCCCAAACGAUACCAGCACGGAUGCAGCACGCGCACGCACACACACACACACACACACACACACACACACACACCCCACCACCACCCCCAGCGUCCUCGGCCCAAAGCAGCAGGCCUGGAACCUGCGCUUAGCCGAGAUUGGAAGGCCCAGCAGGCGGCGAAGGAGGUGGCUCUGCCACACGCACUUUCCCGGGACCCCCAAGAGUCCGAAGCUCUACCUUUUAAGGGGACAGGGGCGGUGCUGCUAGGGGGGGGUGGGUCGAGCGAGGCAGGGCGACCCGGCAUCCAGGCCCCAGCAUCCCUUGCCUGCCACCUGGCGCAAGCCUGGCUUCCUCGGGGCCAGUGGUCUGGCGACGGGCACAAAGCCGGGGAGGCGGGCAUGCUGGAAGAUGGACUUUGAAAGCUGCAUAGCAGGAAGGUGGCCUGAGUGAUGGAAACACCCCCCACCCCAAUCCCUCACCUCACCCCCAGCCCUGUCUUUCCCUGUCGGGGUCCUCCCCGGCCGUCCGGGUUCCGUGGCCGCCCUUUUCGGCAUAUCCAUUAGGUGCAUAAUUUCCCAGGCCCUUUGGGCCUUUUGGGGUACAGACAGAGGGGGCCUCCCAUCCUUCCAGUUCUUGGUUUUGGAGUCUCCCCACCCCCAGCUUCCAGCCCGGCUGCUGUAUUUGAUUGUCCUUGCUUUCCUGGCCGGGGGGGGUGGUGAGGAGACCCAGACACUGGGAAGAGGAAUGUGACUGGGAAAGGGGAAGGUGGUGUGAUUUUUUUUGUUAAAAAAAACAACAAAAGAAAAAAAAGCGGGAUAUUUCCCUCCCUCCCUCCCGAUUGUACUUGGCCUUUAUUUCUCCCCUUUGGUUUCUAUGGAAUGAAUUGUGUUAGAAGGGUACACUCUGGUCAGAAUGGGGAGGGUUGUGUCACACACCUCCCUCUCCCCCUUGUAAAAAAGAACCCUAAAAAAAUGUACUUUUUUAUAAAUAAAGACUUUAAAACAAA